UGAGUAACGGUAAGUGGUUCUCUUGUAAGGAAGAUUCGCCGGAGGCCAUCAAGGAGGCGGCGUCGGAGAAGACGGUGUAGCGGACCUCCAUGUGGGCGUCUUGCCAUUCUCCGUAGAUGAUUAGGAACACGCGGAGGAGCAUGGAGGAUACGAGCAGAGAACGGAAACUCAUCAGCUUCAUCCCUUAGAUGGAAAAGAUUGAAAAUUUCAGAUCCAAGAGAGUUGAGAGACUUACAUUUCGGUGAUUCAUCAGGUUUUUCUGAACCACGGACAUGUCGUCACUCACGAACAAGUCUGAAGAGGAGGAUGUCAGUUUACGGAGAAGGAACUCGGGGUACAGGAAGAUUUUUUCCACUCAAGAAACUUGGUUGCUGUUGAGAGAGAGUAAAACUUCAUGUCUCUGUCUCUGGACUCGAGGUAUAUGGAUGAAGCAAGCCACCCCUAAAUAUGCUUUCAUAGCAUGGUUAGCAGCUCGGGAUAGAUUAUCGACUUUGGAUAGGAUCGCUAAAUGGAGCCAAGGUAUUGUUACCACUUAUGUGCUUAGUAACUCAGGCACUGAAUCGAGAAACCAUAUUUUCUUUGAGUGUUGUUACUCUGCUCAAAUAUGGGAAAAGACGGUCAAAGGCGUUAUGGGAAGUUCUUAUACCAAAGUCUGGUCUGAGAUUAUGGAGCUCAUUAUAGACAGAAACAAGGAGAAGAAGUGGAUGUUCUGCAUACGUUAUGCGUUUCAGUUAGUGCUUUAUGUAGUGUGGAGGGAACGCAAUAAGGUGAGGCAUGGGGAUAAGUUGCUCCCAUUAACCGUGGUGCAGAAAAUGAUAGAUAAAGGGAUCAGAAACAAAAUCAGUGUAUUGAGAAGGAAGGGGAUCAAGGGAAUGGAUGUGAUUAUGCAAUUUUGGUUUUCUACUAGACUUGCAAAUGUUUAAAUUGUCUUUUGGAGGUUAAAGUCCUAUAGUAAACAGUAUGCACUAGUUGUAAAAUGGCUUUUUUUUGUGAAUAAAUUUAGCAUUCAUUCAAAAAAAAAAAAAAAA